AUGCCGGCCUCCCAACAACCAUCACCAGGACCCGGGAAGCCCCCAACCAGCAUUCCAGAACGGCUAUUAACGCCUGAUGAAAUGCUACCGCCGGGUGAAGAAUGGGCCCCAAAAUCAAAGACCUAUCUGGGUGAAGGUGGCACUGAUCGACCAGCAACUAAUGCCAAAGGCACCGUGGAUGACGAGGCCGAAGAUCCAGCUCCUGCGGGAAACACCCAGGAAGUCGCCGCCAAAGUUCAGUACCUAUACGGCGAUGAUUUGGGACACGGGCGUGUGAGCUGGAAAGCAAAGCCCACGCAUCCAGACGAUCCCAAGUCCGACCUCAUCAACAAGGACUCUGGAUAUGUCGUGCGCAAAAUCUCACAAGGAGUCAAUCAUCCUUGGGAGAUGCACUCCGUCAUCGUCCGACGCCCUCACAUCAUGAAAAUCCUUCGACAAAUCCUAUCAGACUACCCCGGUGUUUCUCCUGUGGUCGACCACUUGAAAUUAGACAGCCCGUUCAAGCCAAUGUUUCAUCAUUGGGAUGACUUUUGCCAGGCUGUAGAGCAGUCCGAUGACUUCACCAAGCAGCAUGUUGAGGGGUUUGUGGCAUUACUCAAGGAGGAACUUGCGCCCUACUUUGAGGCUUUGGAGAAUGCAGAUUCGCACAACAUCAUUGAGCACCAGAACCUGUGGACAAUUUUCGCGCCUCACCAGCUUGUUUGGACGGAUCUCAAGCAACACCACUCCAUCGGCGAGCUAAUGCGGACAGACUUAGAUCCAGUGACUGGCGCUUUCUUUGUAGUAUACAACCAAACUGCCUGGGAUGGCUUCACGUUGACGUCCGAAUCAGGCGUGGUGCGCAUCCCGGCCUUCACUGGGACAAGUGCCAUCACCGGAUUAGCUGCCGUUCCCUUGUUGAGAAAGCCGGAUGCAGGAGAUAUCACAAAAGUAGUGCUGGACCGCGGGAGAAAGUUUCUGGGUCUUCUCGGUUGUCAUUACCGGGAAUACUUGGGCUUCGGAUCGUCGGAGUGGCGGGCUGACAUGCUAGGAAGACCUCAGGUAGAAUGGGAAGCGGUCUCAGGUCGCGUUGUCCUGGAUGCUGCACUAUGGCAUGGAAAGGUGGGAGAUCGCGGUGAGCCUCCAGAUGCUGACUCUCUUCCAAAGACCGACCAAGAAGUUCUUAUUUGUAGCCCUUUGAUCAAGGGGUACUCCUUGACCUCCAAGAAAUGGUUCAAGGGCAGGAUUCUGGCUGACCAAACCCGCAAUACAGACAAAUUGUUUGUGGAUAAUGUAUCGGAUAUCAUCUGGGAUGAUUCAUCCUCCGGGUUGGUGCUCAACAGCACGGAAAAGGAUCUUCUUCUCGGUUUUGCACAGACGAAGCUAUCCGGGACCACCGAAUUUGAUGAUUUGGUCCGAGGCAAAGGCAAGGGCGUCAUCAUCCUUCUUUCUGGCCCCCCUGGGGUUGGAAAAACAAUGACGGUUGAAUCAAAAGUCGCAAACAUGAUGCGUGUUCCGCUCUAUCCAGUGAGCGCAGGUGAGCUUGGAAGCGAGGCUACCAGGGUCGAAAGCCAGCUACGGCAAGCUCUCGUUUAUUGCAAAGAGUGGAAUGCGGUGCUGCUUCUAGAUGAAUCAGACGUGUUCCUUCAAGAGCGGAAUGUUAUCGAUCUACGGAGGAAUGAACUUGUGUCUAUCUUUCUUCGCCUGUUGGAAUACUACGAUGGCAUGAUGUUCUUGACUACCAACAGGAUUAAAACUAUGGACCCUGCUUUCCAAUCCAGAAUUGACUUGACAGUCCAUUAUCCAGACCUUUCAAAAAGCUCCAGGGCCAGUGUAUGGAGGAAUUUUCUCCAACCGGGUGAGAGCACCAGCACAGAAAUCGAUUUUGAUGAGCUUGCAUCGCACGCCCUAAAUGGAAGACAAAUCAAGAAUACAGUCAAACUGGCAAAGAUGCUGGCAAUCAGAAGAGAGCAAGCGCUUCACAUGGAUCACCUUAGACAAAUUCUUCAACUAUCUGCUUCCCAAUCUGCGCAAGGAAUGACGAGUUACUACUUAUGA